CCUACAAUGUAGAAAAUAGUAAAAAAUAACAAAAAUCCUUGAAUGAGUAGGUGUGUCCAAACGUCUGAGCAAUAUUAGAGCUAAUCAUUCCAAGUCCACAUAACUAAUAACAACAACCUAAUGGAAAAUUACAUCCCAUAGAUUUCAACAUGAUAAUUUGAGGUUAGUUAAUUUAUUGUAUUUACAAAACACUUUUCAUGUCCUUUUUAAAUGUUGAGGUGCCGGUUUUUGUUCAAUAGUCCAGGUAACCAUGCUGCUGGUAGCCUGUGUGAUGAAUUGAUCCUUCACUUGAUUGCAACUUGUGCAUAUGAACAUCUUUGAGACAAGUCCAAAGGCUCUAUUGAACAAGGACAACCAUAUCUGCGAGAGGGAUUGCGUGAUCUGCAAUCGGCUAAACACCAGGUCCACAAUAAUUGCUACAGAACAUGACUCCAUUCAUUUUUAGAUCAGACAGCAGGCUCAAACAACCAAUGACAUCAUUGGUUGAACUCUCCCAGGUGCAAAAAUGAAAUAAAUUCAGCUAUAGCCCAUAAUUAUGUCUGACACACCCUCUCGUCACUCAUAAUUAUGUAGUUUCCCCUUUAAGAACAAACACUGUAUAUUAAUAAUAUUAAAUUGUAUUCUAUUGUUUGUAUUGUAUUGUAUUACACACUCUAAAACCUAUUCCACGGAUCCCUUGGCCAAAAUGAGUUUAAUCUGUUGUUAGAAAUACUGAUUUGGUGAUAUGUCUGCGGACCCCGCAGUACCUCCAUGGACCACACUGGUUUGGCUUGAUCCUCUGUUCCAUAUCCGGCCUACGGAAGCUCCACGACAUGAACGUGAGAUCUCAUACUGUACGUUCUCUGAGUUUUCUGGUGUGCCCAUAGAUAAUGAUAGAGGCCUCUAGUUGCCAACAGGACGUUUAAGUAUGGGCAGCGCCAUUGAGGGCUUCCACCAUGCUUCUGCCAUUUUAAAGUAGGCCUAGUCAAAGUCGUCAACUGGGUGGGGAUUCCUAUGGGCUGUAGCCUCAAUGGCGCUGCUGUCACAGACGCUAAAAUAGCACAGAUAUGAAGAAGAGUCCUCUAUCUAUAUCUAUGUGUGUACCUCUUUGAUAACUCCAUGAUAUGCUUAGGUAUCUUUUAUAUGAAAGUGUGAGAGUGCCCUCUGCUGGAGAUUUGAUUGAUGGGGGAAAUUAUCCAAGAACUGCUUCCAAUAAAAAGAAAGCGCCACAAAGUUCCAGAUAGUAACAGCAGAGGGCGCUACUAGAUUUGUAAUAGGAAGAACUAAUUUCGCCUUGAUGCGUGGCUGUAUUGUACACAUUUCUGACCAUAUAACAACUCUACUAAUAUAGAACUUUUUGGGCCUAUGAGAAACAUGAAACGUGUCGUAUUGGCUUUUGACAAUCAUUAUUGUCAGUUUGCACUUGCCCACGAACUUACUUUAGUAGCCUGUAAUCGUCCUUUAUUGAAAUGAGAGUGUUCUUAAAUAUCCAUAGGCCUACACCCUACAGGCCCAAUAGGCACAAUCAAUAAAGGAAGAGAAUAUGCCUAACUCCAAAUCCUCCUUGCCAGUUUGCGGUCUAUAACGAUAUCUUGAUAUGAGUUAAAUCGUAUUCAAGUGAGUGUGGUACUUGGGCCCCUUGUUAAAGUCAUCGGUACAAUGAACUUUACCAAGUACUAAGACAUUUUAGCCAAAAACCUGGCUGCCUCUGUCAAGAGGUUGACAUUUAGCCACAAGUGGAUCAUAAAGCAAGACAAUAACCCCAAGCACACAUCAAAAUCCACAAAGAAAUGGUAAAUUGACCAAAAAAACAAAACAAAUCAAUAUCAGUCUCGGGACUUGAACCCCAUUGAAAACAUCUGGUUUGAAUUAAAGAGGGCAGUCCAGUCCAUAAGAGCAGAUGAAGGAUAUCAAAUGAUCUGGAAAUAUUCUAUAUGGAGGAAUGGUCUAAGAUCCAUCCCAAUGUGUUUUCCAAUCUCAUUAAACAUUUGAGAAAAAGGCUAAUUGUCGCUAUCCUCGGAUGGGGAGGGUGCUGGGGUACUGAAAACAGGGACGCCAAUCAUUUUGAGCCCUAGAUUUUUACAUGUUUUGUUACUUGUGUACUCUUUCUCUGAGCAAUUAUAUUAGUAGGCCUAUAAGAUGAGGGGAAAAAUAAGAAACCUGUAUACUGCUCUCGCUACUAUCACUGCUCUGUAUUAAGCUUUUCGUAUCGGCCUCAGAGCCUUCGUGAACUAGAGAUAGCUCAGAUGUGCGAGUGCGUGAUGAAUUUUGAAUGUUAGUAGGCCUAUAAAAUAAUAUAAUUGUCCCAUUUUUCUUUAGCAUACAAUGUCGCUCAGUAUUUUUUAUUAUUGAUUUUAUACAGUAUUUUGUGCAAAUUGUAUUUGUCACAUGCGCAGACUAUAACAAGUGUUAACUUUACCGAGAAAUGCUUACUUACGAGCCCUUUCCCAACAAUAUAGAGUAAGUAAGAAAAAUGGGUGCCAAUCAUUUGGUCAACUGUAAACCUUUCUAUUCACAUUAUAUUAUCUCAGUAAAAUUUGUGACGCUUGGCUUUACAGCCUACUAACAUGACCCAACUCAUCGCUGUCUUUAGGGAACGCUGCUCAAACAAAGUCUAAGCGCACAGGAUUCAAUUAAGAACACUGUCAUAGCAACCUCAUAGCCAGCAACAUGGUUGAGUGGACAGACUUUGAGCGCGCCACAAUCCAAAGCAUCUUCUCAAAGAUGAACUACGAUGACGUAGGCCCCGCGGCUCUUUCCAGGUGUCUUGUCGUGUACCCCUGGACCCAGAGGUAUUUUGGUAACUUCGGAAACCUGUACAACGCCGCUGCCAUCCGGGGAAAGCCAAUGGUCGCCGCUCACGGAAAGACCGUCCUGCACGGACUGGACCGGGCUGUCAAGAACAUGGAUGACAUCAAGGCCACCUACGCAGAGCUGAGCGUGCUGCACUCCGAGAAACUGCACGUGGAUCCCUGUUGACUCAUCACUGCUGGCUGACUGCCUUACUAUUGUCGUUGCUGCGAGAAUGGGUGCUGCCUUCACCGCUGACGUCCAGGGUGCUUUCCAGAAGUUCCUGGCGGUGGUGGUGAGCUCCCUGGGCAAACAGUACCACUAGAACCCCUCCACUCAGAGACGGACGACCAUCAGAGAACCAACAAGCGCUGAUCAUUUGUUUAGAGGCACAUGUUGUUCCUUCUACUAAAGCAAAU